AUGGAGGAAAGAUUUGGGAUAUUAGAAGAGAAUAUGAGAUUAGUCACGCAGACCUUGACCCAGUUGCGCCUAGACAAUCAACACGAUAGGACACCAAACCCUAAUCUGCGACCCUACGAGGAUAGAACCGUCAAGAUUGACAUCCCUGAAUUCGAUGGACAUUCCUAUGACCCUAGGAAGUAUCUAGAAUGGGAAGAUCGAAUGGAUAACUACUUUGAAUUCAAAAACACAACCCCAGAUCAACAGUACAAAUUAGCCAAAGUGAAAUUGAUUAAAUCGGCCGCGAUUUGGUUAGAAGGAGUACAUAAGCGUAGGAUCAGGGAAGAGAGGGGAAGGAUUAACUCUUGGGCCAAGAUAAAGAAACACAUGAGAAGGAAAUAUGUCCAAACUACCUACAAACAGCAACAUUAUGUGCAAUUCAGUGCUUUAACCCAAGGGAACAAGUCCGUACAGGAGUACAUUCAUGAAUGGGAUAGGCUAAGUGUUCUUUGUGACAUUAAUGAUCCUGAAGAGUUGAGAGUGAGCAAGUUUAUAGCAGGAUUGAGGGAGAACCUUAGACACCAACUGAUGAUUACACCUGACUUGACAGUGCACUCAGCAGGGCUGCAAGCCAUUGAGCUGGAAAGGAUUGCUAACAGAUUCACCCAUACACCAAGGCAGCCAGUAAAGCCUACACACCUAGGAACCCAAGCACCACACUUGCACCUUAGAGGGACACCCAGAACAGUGGGCAGAGUGUUAACACAACAAGGGGAGACCCACCUGCCAACCCCAAAGAUGUAG